AUCAUCAUCACCGCAACACAUAACCACACUACAUCCAAUUUCCCAAGCUUCCGCACGAUCGCAGUCCUUGAUCUGUCCCCAUCGAUCCAGUCUUCUCAUUUCCCCGCUUUCCAGUUUCCACGCUAUUUACCAUGGGUUCUGCCAACACGGUCGGUUUUGACGUCAGCGGCCUUGUCCCUGCUCCUGUCACCCCCUUCACUCGCGAUGGCGCUGUCGACUAUCCAGCUAUUCAGCGCCUUGGUUCAUGGCUUGGCAGCAUCGAGGGUGUCAAGGGCCUCGUGGUUUUGGGUCACGCUGGAGAGGGCACUUUCUUGACGCAGGAUGAGCAGAUUGCCGUGAUCAAGGCUUUCGUCAAAUCUACAGACGGCCGCGUUCCUGUCAUUGCUGGCAUUACUGGCGAGGGUACCGAGGUAGCUGCUCUCGAGGCCAAGCGUGCUCGUGAAGCCGGAGCCGCCGCCGGCCUGCUCUACCCCAGCCAUGGCUGGCUUCGUUUCGGCUACCAGCCUGGCGCGCCCCAGGACCGCUACAGGCGCGUCUACGAGGUCUCGGGCCUGCCUCUGAUCCUCUUCCAGUACCCUGACAACACCAAGGCCACCUACAACCUGCAAACCAUGCUCGACAUCUCUGCGCAACCGGGUGUCUUCGCCAUGAAGAAUGGCGUGCGCAACAUGCGCCGCUGGGACACCGAGAUUCCCGUCAUUCGCAAGCAGCGCCCUGAACUGCAGAUCCUCACGUGCCACGACGAGUACCUCCUCCACACUGCCUUUGACGUCGACGGCAUGCUUGUCGGCUAUGGCAACAUCGCGCCCGAGCUCCUUCUUGAGCUCAUUGCCGCCGGAAAGGCCCAGGACUACAAGAAGGCCCGUGCCGUCCACGACAAGCUGUUGCCCGUGACGAAGGCUGUCUACCAUCGCGGCUCCCACAUGGAGGGUACUGUGGCUCUCAAGCACGCUCUUGUCGCCCGGGGCAUCCUGGAUCAUGCUACCGUCCGCUCACCACUUCUCCCUCUUGAGGAUGGUGCCGAGAAGGAAAUCAACUUGGCCGUGGCUGCCUCUCAACUUCCCCGCGUGGCUUGAGCGCCACUGGUGGAUUCUCCGGGUCAUUUGUAUAAGCAUAGCACGGAUUUGCAUUUUCUAUAAAGCGUUGGGCCCUUUGUGUAUAUAUGGAUCGACAGGGUCAACUCAAUUCCAUUGGCUACUUUCUACAUUUUUCCCACGUUGAAGUUAAUUUUGAUAGAAGAUGAUCUAUGACAGAAGGGUUUGGUUUGAUCUUCUAUUUAUGAUCAGAGUCCUCGU